AUGACGAUCAUAUCUGGAUCACAUCCCCACUAUGAAUUCAAGGGUCCUACGGUGACAAUUAUUGGCUUAAUUGCUGAUCAUCUCGGCCUCUGUCUCGAGUUCCAUCGAACACCUGAUGGUCAGUAUGGUGAAGUCUUACCCAAUGGAUCGUGGACCGGAUCUAUUGGGAUGCUUCAGAGAGGGGAAGCAGACAUUGGCGGAACAUUGUUUUCGGUAAUGUGGAGAAGAUGGAUUGCUGUUGAUUUCACAGUUCCACUCCACAUCGAUCAAACUAACGUGUUUUAUACCCUUCCUAAGAUCACAUCAGACAUGCUUGGAUUUCUUAAACCUUACACACUUAAGUCGUGGGUGAUGGUGUUCCUGGGAUGUGUCCUUGUAUUCCUUACGACGUCCUUCAUUCUCCAAGUCGCAGCAAACAUGAAUAGUGCAUCAAAGACUCUUCAGGCAAGAUGGCAAAACAACGCCCAGCUAUCGUGGUUUUGGACGUCGUCUACACUACUAGCCCAAAGUGUGCUGUGGGAGCCAAGGAAGGAUUCUGCUCGAAUGAUGGCCGCCACGUGGCUCCUCAUGUCUUUCAUCUUGGGUGCUGUGUACCGAUCCAACUUGAAGGCCAUGCUCAUUAUUCCUAAAGUGAACCUCCCCUUCGAUAACCUCGACGAACUCUAUACAUCUGGCAUCACCCUCGGCGUUGUUGAGGCAACAAGUAUGCAUCUUGACAUAAUUAUGGCUGAUAGUAAUACAAGUCUCGGAAAGCUGAAGGAAGAUUUAUUGGUAUAUCCCGCUAAUCAGCAAGGAAAAGCCAUAUUCAAUACAAUAAAUGGGUUGCACGCUGGGUUUGCACUCGAGAUAGCGUUGGCUGCCAUAAUGCAUUAUGAUUUUUCAAAGACGGGCGUGUGCAGACUGUACAAGAUGUCCAGAGGGAUACAGGGACCCAGAAGCUUAGGAUUUAUUUUGCCCAAAGGCUCUCCUCUUAAAAAAUUCAUUGAUCCCAUGUACGUAGAUCUUCAUUGUGAAUUAUUGGCCACUCCGUUCAAUUUCAUCCCUGUUGGUGACACCUAAAUUGUGGCUUAAUAGAUUGAUGAACUGGUGAUGCUCCCUGUCACUAACACUAAAUUUGUUGUGCAUUUUUUUUUUCUCCUCUCCCUUAUCUCUUCUUUUCUCGCUUUUCCUGGCUAAAUGUUGUCUUAGGUCUUCAGGGUGUGGAAGCUACUCAAGUUGUUUACUGUUGUGAUGGCUUACGAACCUCUCACUUUCAGUAUCUUAUCAAUCUUUUAGAGAGGAAAUUCAUUAAUGAAUGAAUGAUAUUCAUUUCCAAUUGCGUAUGAAAGUGGAAACAUUAAUAGUGUCCCUAAACGUUGUUUGUAUUUUAUAUGAGCUUAUGAUCAAAAUAUUAUCAUUCGAGCACUAUGGCAGUAGUUCCCAAACUCGGGAUAAGUUACUUCCCGGAAGUAACACAUUUUUUUUUUUCGUGAGUAAUGUAGGAAAAAAAAAUUAAACGAAUUCUGGAAUUGAAAAAAAAAAACGUAUUUUAAUGCAUUAGGAUGUUAGCUACGUCUUAGUAUAUAAAGUUAUAAAGUAAACUUAUUAUAAUCAAGCAAUAAAGUUUAGCCGAAUAUCAAUAAACAUUAAAAACUAUGUACUGCAAAAUAUUACAAAAGAAGAAACAUGUAUUUGAGUGUGUGGCAAGCCAAGAGUAUUGUCAUAGGUAGACUAAGAGACAGUAACUCACCAAUCCUAACAACGGCGAGACCUGAACGUGUCACUUAGUGCCUGUGCCUGCCUCUAUUUUGCACUGUCAUUUUUUCUGUGAGCAUCAGCCGAGGUAGACGUAAGCAGGUGUAUGUGUACUGCCCUACACAGUACAGUUAGUACAUAUUUACAUUAUGUGCUGGAUAAGCUCUUUAAUUAACCAUAUAUUUUGAUAUUGACAACAUUUUGUGAAAGCGGUAACACAGUUAAUGUGGCAUGUUGAACUGAGUAACAAGCUGAAACUUAUUAGAAAGCAGUGGACAAUAGGGAAAAUAAUUAGUUUUUUUUUUUUUUCGAUGACUUCAAUUAUUGCUUAGUACUACAUAAUGUAGUAGUAGUUUGUCAAACUAAAUAAAAAAAAUAUAUAACCAAUAUACAUCAUGCUAAAGAGUCAGCGUCCCUCCCUGAAAAAAAAAAAAAAAACGUCAGCGUCAGCGCGCCACUGGAAUGGGUUUAUCCGGUUGUAUGGUAGAGCAGAACAGUGAUAAUAUCUCAAGACGGACAACUUGUAUAAGCUUACACAUUAACUGUUUUAGUAGCGAAAUGACAACUGAGUGAAAGAUUUUUUUCUUUUUCUUUUUCUUUUUGUACAUUCCUGAGUCGACUUCCACAAGUUAAUUUUGCAUAUAUUUCCA